GCGCCGCGCGCAGCAACGCGCACUUCCUCUCCAGGAGUCCGCGGAGGGAGUGCAGGCUCGAAGAGCUCCUGGACGCAGAGGCCCUGCCCUUGUCAGACGGAGCCGACAUGUCCGAACAAAGUAAGGAUGUGUGCGACCCCAACUCUGCAGCCGAGGCCUCCAACUCCGAGGUGCACAGCAGUCUUGGGGUUCCCGGGGGGCUCUCCCCGCCCGCGUCUCAGGCCGCGACCCUCGCAGGGCCAGAGAGCCCUCCUUUAGGCCCGACCGACGCCCCUCUGGCCUCGCCUCCGCCCCAGGCCCCAAGCGAAGAGGGAGACCCGAAGGCCCUGCAGCAGGCCGCGGAGGAAGGCCGCGCCCACCAGGCCCCGAGCGCGGCCCAGCCCAGCCCAGCGCCGCCAGCCCCGGCCCAGCUGGUGCAGAAGGCGCACGAGCUCAUGUGGUACGUGUUGGUCAAGGACCAGAAGAGAAUGAUCAUCUGGUUCCCAGACAUGGUGAAGGAUGUCAUCGGCAGUUACAAGAAAUGGUGCAGAAGCAUUCUCAGGCGCACCAGCCUCAUCCUCGCACGAGUGUUCGGGCUACACCUGAGGCUGACUAGCCUGCACACGAUGGAGUUUUCGCUCGUUAAAGCGCUUGAGCCAGAGGAGCUGGACAGGGUGGCGCUGAGCAACCGCAUGCCCAUGACAGGCCUCCUGCUGAUGAUCCUGAGCCUCAUCUAUGUGAAGGGUCGCGGCGCCAGAGAGAGUGCCGUCUGGAACGUGCUGCGCAUCCUGGGGCUGCGGCCCUGGAAGAAACACUCCACCUUUGGAGAUGUGAGAAAGCUCAUCACCGAGGAGUUCGUCCAACAGAAUUACCUGAAGUACCAGCGCGUACCCCACGUUGAGCCACCUGAGUACGAGUUCUUCUGGGGUUCCCGUGCCAGCCGUGAAAUCACCAAGAUGCAAAUCAUGGAGUUCCUGGCCAGGGUCUUUAAGAAAGACCCCCAGGCCUGGCCCUCCAGAUACAGAGAAGCUCUGGAGGAGGCCAGAGCUCUGCGGGAGGCUGAUCCCACUGCCCACUGCCCCCGCAGCAGUGUCUCCGAGGACUAGCAAGGUCUGGAGGCAGAUAUUAAUGGUUUCUGACCCUCACCAGGGUGGUGGAGGGGUGGGGGUGGGACAUUAGAGUAUUCAGGAUUUACAGUGCAGUAUUUCACGUGUAACUUUAAGUUUUCAGUACAGUGCUUUUAUACCUUUUAAUGCAAUGUUGUAUUCAUUUCAGUACUAUUAGAUAGUGUGUAGGAUUUAUGCAUGUUUGUUUAUAAGUAAGCUCGGUUGGUGCUUUCGCUUUUGUGCUACCUUUCUUGAAUUUUUGUACCAGAGACGUGCUAAACUUAUGAAAUACAUUGAGAAAUUUUCCAUCUUAUUCUUUUAUAUGGAACGGAUGAUGUGUAUUAGGGUAGACUACUUCUGGAGAGUUUGGAGGAACUCACCAGUAAAGCUGGCCUAACCAAGAGAAAAGUCAAGGCCCCUCUCUUUAUGACCUCGCUGGGCACAGGAAACAUCCGUGUGGAGUGCAGUGAUGUGAACUGAAAUGGUCUCAAUGUGGGCACUUGGCACACUUUACUAAACACAAAUACAACCCCACCAUGAGUAAACUUUAAAGUGAACAUUAAAGAUUCUUGUGAUACAAUCAUUUUUGGAAAAGUGUACUUUAUCUUUUUAACAAAGUAGUAUGGAUUGGGAAUAAGACAUUUUACCAAGUGUACAAAUAUGAUAAUUUCAUCUAAUAGGAUGGGAAAAUCACUGCUCAUCAUUACUCAUUAAUGUGUGAAGUUUAUGGUUUUUUAAAUGUAACUUUCGUGUUCAAAACUGACAAAUACAGAAAAGUAUAAAAACAACAAAGCAAAAAUGUUCAUAAUUACACCACACAGAAACAAAUGUUAAUAUUUAAAGUAAGUUCCUUUCUUGCAUUUUCUACAUUUUAUUAAAAUUAGUUGUCUCUUGUGGGUACUUAAAAGUG